AUGCCUUCCAACGAGACCCUGCCUCAACCAGGCAACAACGCCGUCCUCCGCAGCAUCAAUCCGAACUACACCGGUUUCGACCACAUAAGCUGGUAUGUUGGAAAUGCUCGUCAGGCAGCGACCUACUUCGUCGCCCACUUCGGCUUCAGCAUCGUCGCCUAUCGCGGCCCAGAGACCGGCUCGUAUCUGAGCUGCUCGUAUGUUGUCAUGAACGGCAAGGCGCGGUUCGUCUUUACAGCCCCCGUCACCUCGCCCAACAACACGUGGAACACGCGGGCCUCGGAUGCAGACCGCCAGCACUUGAACGAGAUGCAAGCACACCUCACUAAACACGGUGAUGGCGUCAAAGACAUUGCCUUCGCCGUCGACGACGUCACUGGUGUCUGGGAGCACGCCGUACAAAACGGUGGCACCUCUAUCCAGAAGCCGGAGCUCCUCAAAGACGACACCGGCGAGGUUCUCUCCGCCACGAUCCAGACCUUCGGUGAUACAGCACAUACGCUGAUCAACCGGUCCGCAUACCAUGGAAUCUUCCUUCCCGGGUACCAAGCCGUAUCCGGACUGGAUAGACUGAACGACCUGCUGCCCAAAAUCGAUGUGAUCGAGAUCGACCACUGUGUGGGAAACCAGGGUUGGGAUGGUCUAGACAGUAUCGUUAAGUACUAUGAAGACGCGUUCAACUUCCACCGCUACUGGACCGUCGACGACAAAGACAUGUGCUCUGAUUACUCCGCCAUGCGAUCCGUUGUUGUCGCGUCACCCAAUGAGGUCAUUAAGAUGCCCAUGAAUGAGCCCGCCAUCGGCAAGAAAAUGUCCCAGAUAGAGGAAUUCGUAGAAUACUACAACGGCCCAGGCUGCCAGCAUAUUGCCUUCCUUACUCCCAACAUCAUCACAGCAGUCGAGAACCUCACCAAGAGGGGUGUGAAUUUCCUGUCUGUCCCAGAAACCUACUACACGAAUAUGCGAUCUCGCCUCGCGGCCGCAAACAUGACCAUCGCCGAGGACAUCAACGCACUCCAGAAAUACAACAUCCUCAUUGAUUUCGAUGAGGGCGGCUAUCUGCUGCAGAUAUUUACAAAGCAUGUGGUGGACCGGCCGAGUGUGUUUCUGGAGAUCAUCCAGAGGGAGAAUUUUGAUGGGUUUGGUGCCGGGAAUUUCAAGAGCCUUUUCGAGGCGUUUGAGAGGGAUCAGGCGUUGAGGGGGAACUUGUAG